AUGUCUGGACUCUGCCAGCAAGUGGGCACACCAAGACGCCGCUGCCGCUUCCCUCUCGUCACUCCGCGCGCGCGGAGCCGCGUCGCCAGGGCCGCCGCGGGGAUGGCGCAGCGGCCGAUCUCGAGCUUCUUCUUCAAGCCCGCGGCGAAGAAGCCGCCGCCGCCGCCCGCGGAGGAGGACGCGGUCGCGGGAGGAAGCGGCCGCGGCGACGCGGACGCGAGCGCGGACGCCGACGUCGACGCCGAAACGCGACGAAGCGACGACGGCGACGACGGCGACGCGACGAACCCGAGCCGCAAGCGCGCUCGAGACGACGACGCCGCCGACGCGCGCCGCGAGCUCAUGCGACGCAAGCUGUGCGACGACACCGUCUCCGAGGCGAAGCGCGCGGAGGUCGCGGCGCGCUUCGCGUGGCUGUCCGAUGCCGCGAACCUGACCGAUCGCGCGGGACGUCGACGGACGGACCCGGCGCACGAUCCGCGAACGUUCGCGCUCCCGGCAAACAUGAAGCUCUCCGCGUCGCAGCGCCAGUACUGGGACCUCAAGUCCACGCACGCGGACGUGGUGUUGUUCUUCAAGGUGGGGAAGUUCUACGAGCUGUACGAAGACGACGCGGAGAUCGGGUGCAGAGUGCUCGACUGGAAGGCGCGUUCUAUCUCACACUGGUCCCCAUACGACCGCGUUGGCGUGGUGAACGCCGAUCCUUAA